AUAUGGGAUCUGCUCCAAGUAAACCAGAAGAUUCUACAUCAAGAAGGACAAUAGUUGCCAUUGCAGGACUAUCGGCUCUUCUUGCAGGAGGAUAUAUCUGAUACAGAUAUGGAAUCUUCUCUAAAGAAAAUAAAAUGAAGCAGAAGGUUAAAUCUAAGCCAAUAAGGAAAGUCCAAGAGGAAGAGAAGACAGCUAAAAGCAUAGCCAAGAACGAGAGUUCUCAAGGACAAGGAGCUGAAAAAGUGCAAGAUAGUAUUGCUAAAGCCGGGAAAGAAAGACAACCCAAAGAGUCAUCUCAGAAAGAUCUCGACACAGAAGUAAAAACAAAGGAAGAUAGUGAACUUGCCAAAGUUUUAAAGAAUUUUGAAGAAACUAUGACAAAAGCCCAAAAGGAGUUUUGAGAUAAAGAAUGAGCUAUCCUCAUCAAGGAACUUGAUAAGUCAAAGGAUGGAUUUGUUGAGGAGAUUAAACAUCUCAAUAAGGAUGACAUCCUAAAAAUGUUGAAGGUUACAGGGAGACUAGGAAAAUCUAGAAGUAAAAUAGCAAGGCACAAGAACCAAGAUUUGAGAGCUGGGCUGAUAAAGUCUAGCCCAGAUUUGUAUUUUUCUUAUGCUGUGAAAGCAAUUAUUGAGGAAGAAAAUUUAUAUAACGAGAGUAUUGAUUACGUUCUUCAAAGAAUUGGGAUAACUCCAGAAGAAUUCUUUAAUGUUCAGUCAGUAUAUAUGAACAACGCCCAAUUCUGAGAAGCUCUUACAAAGAUAGAUAUGGAAACUUUGCCUAUUGAGGAGGAAGGAGAGGAAAUUAAAGAAGUUGAAAAGAUACCCAAAAAGGCUUGCAAGAACAUGCUUAAGCAACUAUACAAAGAUGCCGAGAAAAUUUUUGACUCGAUUUACAAGCAGAGAGUUGAUGAUACUAAUAUGAAGGAAUUAUCCCCCGUUCUAUUUGAAACAAUAGCUAAUGAUCUUAUGUUUGCUAAAAAUAACUAUAGAAUGGAUGACAUCCUCAAGAUAGCAAGUAGUUGUAACUUGAUGGAUGAUAAAGAAUUUAUGGAUUAUAUCCAGAAGUUCCAAAAUAAGCUCCUUGCUUCAAUCGUUGAAAAAGAAGACCCACAAGUAUUGGCUGCUUAGGAGUGGUUAUUUUAUUACAUAAGGAGAUAGUCAAUAUA